AGACACGGGAGUGUUGCUAAGACUGGGAUACUAACUAGCAGACAUGUAUAAGCUGGACUUGCCACUAGAUCCGAAGGAAGUUUCGGCCAUUGAACGGAGGAGAAACAAAGAGCAACAAAGGCAAAGUCGCAUCUUCAAUGCCAAAGUUAGGACCAUUGGGGUUGACUUGCCUGCGCUAGAAAAACAAGUAGAAGAAAGAAAGACAAAUGAAAGCACUGAAAAAGCACGGGAUGAGGCAUUUGAUGCUGAUAGGGUGCAGUAUGAUAAAAUUGCUCAAAUGCUGGAACAGAAGGAGCAGGAGGUAGCCCGGAACCUGGACCAAGCUGUACAGGAAUUCAGGGAGAAAUAUCAGCAGCCUGAGACCCGCAGGGAGUUUGACAUCUACGAUCCUGAAGGCCUGAAGAAGGAUCGUCCGGCACGUGUAUGUGAUGAUGACCCCAGAUGUGGGCCUGCCAGCCUGCAGAAAUUUGCCGGAGAAGAUCUGAGCGAGAAGGAACGAAAGAAAUUGCAGGUGGAGAUGACUAAAAAAUAUCUCUCUGAGCAGAAGGCGGAGAGACAGAGAGAACAAGCACAAAAGAAAUAUGCAGAUAAUUUAGAUGAUAAGAAGAGGGUGGAACUGGACGAGAGAGCCCAGUACCUGAGCUUGAUGGAAGAAGAAUGCAGAAAAGCUAUUGACAUGGCCACUACAAAUUUCAACCAAGCCCUGGCAUUGGAAGCAGAAGAACGCAAGAAAUUGCAGAAGCAGCAGGAGCAGAACAAUAAUUUUGCCGAGAUUUACAAUAACCUGACUGGAGACAUUUUGACAGAAGACUCAGCUGUAGCUAUCAGUUGCCUUAGUCCACAGCGUGUACUACCUGAUCGUUGGAAGGGGAUGACCCCUGAGCAGCUCAGAGUUAUCUGGGAUACACAGGAGAAGCAACGUCAAGAAAAGCAGAGGCUGAUUGAGGAAGAAAAGCAACGGGAUUCAGAGUGGGACAAGCAGAGGAUGCUGGCCGCACGAGCUGCUAUGACAAUGGAGCAACAGGAAGAAGAACUCAACAAAAAUAUGAGAAAGAGACUGGACUCGUACAACCAGCAGCUUAGCAGAGAGCAACAAGCACACUUGCGGUAUCUUGAGAAAGAUGUGUAUACCAACAACCCGACUGCCCAUUAUCACACUCAGUUCAACACAACCAGCCGCUGAAAGGAUUACCUUGCUUCUUCCUGGGUCCCUUUAUCAUCUUAAUAUCCAUAACGAGAUCUAU